AUGCCAGGGUUGAUUAACCGGACGACCCGCUCUCCGCUCCCCCUCACUGCGUCCGAGGUGACGUCGUGCGUCAGCGGCUACGCCUUUGGGAUGACAGCCUUGCUCACCUACCGCAACCCAGAAGCCCAGGCUUUUGAGGGGCUCUUUGUCUACCCCUUGGAUGAGUGCACCACCGUCGUUGGGUUCGAGGCGGCUGUGUCCCGGCGUGUCGUGACAGUGCAGAUCAAAGACAAAGCCAAGGUAGAUGACAGCUAUUUCGACAGCUGCAGCCUCCCCGAUGGAAGAGCUCGCGAUGGGAGCGGAAGGAUCAUGAUGGAUGAGGACUUGGAGAGGAUUGUUUUUGUGGCUAACCUGGGCAUGAUUCCUCCCCUGGAGAGCGUCUCCAUCUUCAUCAGCACCUCCUCGGAGCUGCAGACACUGCCCAGUGGGGCCGUGAGGGUCCUUCUGCCAGCGGUGUGUGUCCCCAGGGUCCCCCAGCCCAGCCUGGAGAACGCCAGCAGCCUUUCCAACCACCAGCUCCGAACCAGAGACAAGCACUACUCUGGAUCAGGGAGCCCGGAGCACGGGAGCAGGUUCUGCCUGGCUCAGCUUCUGGAGAGUGAGGCCACCAACCCCUUCGAGUACGAGUUCAGCUUCCACCUGGAGAUCCGCGGGCCAUGCUUGCUGGCAGGCGUUGAGAGCCCCACACACGAGAUCCGAGCGGACGCCGACCCCUCUGCUCGCUCCGCCAAGAGCAUCAUGAUCACGCUGGCCAACAAACACACCUUCGACAGACCCGUGGAGAUCCUCAUCCACCCGAGUGAGCCCCACAUGCCUCACGUCUUAAUGGAAGAAGGUGAUAUGACACCUGCAGAGUACGAACGACACCUGAACGGGAAGAACGAUUUCAUUAAAGGCACUAAGAAGGACCCCAGUGCUGAGAAAAAGACGGAAAUCAUCAGGAAGCGGCUGAACAAGGACAUCCCCCACCACCCUGUCGUCAUGCUCAACUUCUGCCCAGACUUGAGGACCGUCCAGCCAGACCUCCGGAAAGCCCAAGGGGAGUUUAUCUUCCUCGUGGACCGCAGCAGAAGCAUGAGCAGCAUGAACAUCACCCGCGCCAAGGAUGCCCUGUUGGUCGUUCUCAAGAGCCUGAUGCCAGCGUGUCUCUUCAACAUCAUUGGGUUUGGAUCCACCUUCAAGACCCUCUUCCCUGCCAGUCAGCCUUACUGCGAGGAGAGCCUGGCCAUCGCCUGCGAGAGCAUCAAGAGGAUCCGGGCCGAUAUGGGUGGCACCAACAUUUUAUCGCCGUUGAAGUGGAUCGUUCGACAGCCCAUCCACAUGUUCGUCCUGCUGACAGCCGGGGCCGGCCCGUCAGCAGGGAAGGUCUUGGAGCUGCUGCGAAACCACUCCUGCUCCAUCAGGUGCCACAGCUUUGGCAUCGGGCCAAACGCCUGCAGGAGACUGGUGGGGGGGCUGGCUGCUGUGUCCAGGGGCAUCGCCGAGUUCCUGAUGGAGGGCGAGAGACUGCAGCCCAAGAUGAUCAAAUCGCUGAAGAAGGCGAUGGCACCGGUCCUGAGCGACGUGUCCGUGGAGUGGGUCUUCCCUGAGAGCACCGAGGUCUUGGUUUCCCCUGUCAGCACCAGUUGCCUCUUCCCUGGUGACCACCUGGUCGGCUACGGCAUCGUCUGUGACACCUCCCCGUACAUCUCCAACCCCAGAUCUGACAAGCGGCGGCGUUACAGCAUGAUGCGCUCCCAGGAGUCGGGCAGCUCUGUUUUCUUUCACUCCCAGGAGGAGGGAGCAGGCGUGGAGAGCUGGAACCACUCCAGAGACUCGGAGGGCUGCUGCCCUGCUGAGCGUGCCCCUGAUCACCUGAUGGUGGGCAGAGAUCCGGAGGGAGAAUCAGACGCGGACACCGGAAUGGUCGUGAAGGCUUCCUCCAGGAGACGGGCGUAUAGCACCACCCAAAUCGCCGACCACCAGCCUUGCAAGAAGGUGCCCACGGCCAGCGAUCCCGGCACCGCCCUAGUGAAAAACCCCCUUCGGAAAACCCACCUGCAGGACCUGCAGCAGAUCAGUCCCGAGCCCUGGCAGGCGGAUUUCCAGCCGGCUCGCUCGUCUCUGCCACGAGGAUCCACAGGCUCGGGCCCCCGCCGGCCGCCCCUGCUUCACCGGAGCUGCGUGUCCUUCUGCCCCGGCGCCGACUUCCCGUCCGUGCCGGACGGGCUGCAGCAAGUGGCUCUGGGAAGAGGUUUGGGACCACUCGAUGCCAGCGCCAGUCUGCGGUCCUCAUCGGAUAGCCGGAGCCCUGGGGAUCUGGAGUCUGCCCAGCAUCCUUCCUUCACGUUUGAAACAGAGACUUCCUCUGACUGGGAGCCCCAAGACUUCGACUUCGGCACUGCCCGCAGCUCCCCGCGCUCCCCCAGGACCCUCUGCAAGGCAGUGGUGAAGGGGCUAAGGAGCAACGAGCCCGUGCAGUGGGAAGUCACCUUUGACAUACGCCCUCUCUUCCAAGAGCGGGAGAGCCAGGCGGAUGGCGACACUGACCUGUGGAGCGAGACCUUCCACCACCUGGCAGCCAAGUCGGUCAUCCGGGACUUCGAGCAGCUCGCUGAGAAGGAGUGUGAGAUCGAGCACGGGUCCGGGCGGCGCUACCAGGUCAACGCCGUCCACACCAGCAAGGCCUGCAACGUCAUCAGCAAGUACACGGCGUUCAUGCCGGUGGACCUGAGCACCAACGCCUACCUGCCCACCGUCAUCGAGUACACCCACACGGAUGCAGAGGAGAACAGGUCGCCCUGCAGCACCCCUUCUUCCUCUGGCUGGGAGCGCUGCAGUCUCCCUGAAGGGCCAUUACAGAGCCUGUCUGCUUCCUCUGAACAAGCCCAAAAAUCCAUCGAGAGCCUCUUUGCAGCCAGGUAUGCGCCAGCUCGACCUUCCUCUGUGCCUCCGCUGACCUUCAAUAAAACCAGGCUGCUGACUCGAGCUGCCAGAGGGUUCAUGAGUAAGUCUCCGAGCAGAGUGAGCGAAGCCAGCUCUGAGGGCGACAACGAGAACGUAGACUACCUUCCCCUGGCGUCUCUGCAGUUGGCCUGCGGUGCCUUCCUCAUGAACUCGGCCUUCUGCAAUGCCGUCAACAUCCCCAUGGAGAAGCUGAAGUGGACGUCUCCCUUCGCCUGCCACCGCCUGGCCCUCAGCCCCUCCAGCUCCUACAGCGCCAGAAGGGCCAGCCCCUCCGGGGAGCACAAGGGCCACGGCUCCGGUGGGCAGCUCCUGGUUCCCAACGGGCACGGGAAGAGUCCCACCACCAGAGACGCCACGCCGGGUGCGGUACCGGAGGGACCCGGUGGCCACGUGGAAGACGCCGGCCGCCUCCGCCACUUCUCGGGCAGCGCGGUGGAAAGCAUCUCCAAAGCCCUGAAGGCCGAGAAGGAACUCUCCCCGCCAGCCAUCACCAUCCGCCGCUUCUCCUCUCCAGAGAGCACAGCCUCAGCCGAGUGGCAAGCGGACAGCGGCCGGGGCUUGGAGACAGAUGGCUCCAAGAUCCAAUGGGUGCCGUCCACGGCCAGCCUGUGGCUGAGCGAGCAGGACUUCCCAGAGGGAUACAGCCUGGCCACGGUGAAAGCUGCAGCCCAGCAGCUCUUUGUCCUGCUCCGUCACUGGGAUGAAAACCUGGAGUUCAACCUGCUGUGCUACAACCCAAGCAGCGUGUAA